AUGAGGUUCCUUCGGCCCGAGGCAGAGGCCGUUGUGGCGCCAGCUGGUGUGUCCUUACUACGAGCGACGGAAAUGACCAUCACCACUAUCACCAUCAUUUCCACCACCACCAUCACCACCACCACCACCAUCACCAUCACCACCAUCACCAUCACCACCACCUCCAACACCACCAUCACCAUCACCACCAACAUCACCACCACCACCAUCACCACAAACAUCAUCACCACCACCACCAUCACCACAAACAUCAUCACCACCACCACCAUCACCACCACCACCAUCACCACCAUCACCAUCACCACCACCCCCACCAUCACCCCACCAUCACCAUCAUCACCAUCACCAUCAGCACCACCAUCACCACCAUCACCCUCACCAUCACCACCAUCACCACCACCACCAUCAUCACCAUCACCAACACCAUCACCACUAUCACCAUCAUUUCCACCACCACCAUCACCACCACCACCACCAUCACCACCAUCACCAUCACCACCACCUCCACCACCACCAUCACCACCAACAUCACCACCACCAUCCCCGCCACCACAAACAUCAACCACCACCACCAUCACCACCACCACCAUCACCACCAUCACCAUCACCACCACCCCCACCAUCACCACCACCAUCCCCACCACCACCACCACCAUCACCACCAUCACCACCACCAUCACCACCACCACCACCAUCACCACCACCAUCACCACCACCACCACCACCAUCACCACCACCAUCACCACCAUCACCACCACCAUCACCACCAUCACCGAUCUUAAUGCAGGCUUCAAAGAAGAGAUGGAAAAUAUAAAAGGAAUUCUGACUCCAAAACACUAUUCUUUACUUAACAUUAAAGUGCUGAAUCCAUCAAGCGAGAGUGAGAGCGCUGGCGAUGAAAGGUUGGAGGAUUUAGAGAGCGAGUUUGGGGAAAUGAGGAACGGGAAUGGAAUCGGGAAUGGGAAUGGGAAUGGGAAUGAGAAUGGGAAUCUUCUCAAGUAUUCUAUACCCUGCUAUCUCUAUCCAACACUCUCUACAGAUUGUCUUCCCGGCUCUUAUUUCCCUCGCCUCCUGAAGCCUGAAGCGCAAGCGCCUUUCUCCCCAAUCCCUAAUCCCAAAUCCUCCUCGAUAUACAUCCUUGAAGCCAACACCUCCGCGAUCCGGCCUUCCACUAUUGGCUUUAUCCACACCCAUCGUAUUGAUUCAACCAGAAGGAAAAUGCCGUCUUGGUUGAACGCCGCCACAUCAGUCAGCAUGUUAAAGACACGUUUUGCCAAGGGAUCUCCAACAUAUAAGAUUAUUUACACAGCAACUCAGUGGAAAUUAGGGUACAAGCUUGAGAAUUAA